UCUCCCUCCGUACUGGCCGGCCCGGGUCCAUUUCCGGGCUCCGGGUAUUUGGUAUUGAUCAGGGCCGGGGGCGCGGGAGCAGGUGGCUGCGGCGCUGCUGCGCCCGGGUCCGUCUCCCGCCGCCCUUGUCGCCAGCCCUUGCACGGCGGCCCGCCCCGUUCUCCGGGCCCGAGCGCUGCCUGCUGGACUUUGCGCCGCGUCGGGCGCUGCUGCUGCUGCGCGCCGGGCCGUGCUCUGUGCAGGCGGCGGCCGGGAAGCCGGAGGCGAAGUGCAGCCCGGACCCCAGGCCAACAUGGCUGAAGUCACCAUCGACCAGUCCAAGCUGCCGGGAGUCAAGGAAGUGUGCCGAGAUUUUGCUGUCCUGGAGGACCACACCUUGGCCCACAGCCUGCAGGAACAAGAGAUUGAGCAUCAUUUGGCAUCAAAUGUUCAACGGAACCGUUUGGUCCAGCAUGAUCUGCAGGUGGCUAAGCAGCUUCAAGAGGAAGAUCUGAAAGCCCAGGCUCAGCUGCAGAAGCGCUAUAAAGACCUUGAACAACAAGACUGUGAAAUUGCUCAGGAGAUUCAGGAGAAGCUGGCUAUUGAGGCAGAGAGACGACGCAUUCAGGAGAAGAAGGAUGAGGACAUUGCUCGACUCUUGCAAGAAAAGGAGUUACAGGAAGAGAAAAAGCGAAAGAAACACUUUCCAGAGUCUUCUGGAGUCGGUGCUUAUGGUGAUAGUUACUAUUAUGAAGAUGGAGACCAGCCACGGUCAAGGAGGGCAAGGGAGUUGGGUUCAGGAAGCUCAAGGCCUUGUAGACUCCAACAUGAGGAAAAGACUGUGAAGCACAGGAGGGAGAGACCCAGACAUCCACAGGAGAACUUGGGAGAACCGGAAGAGCAUUGUUCGUCAGAGAAACCUCCGUCAUCUUCUAGCUCGGGUCAAGUGAGGGACGAUCCUCAAGGUAACACUGAGCCUGAAAGAAAACUCUGUGGCCACGAGAGGCUCCGGAGACCUCCCCUCCCCAAGAUCAGCGGUGAGGUGCUUCUGAGCACUGAAUCGGAUGACUGGGAUGCUCACUCUAGCCAUCGAACUCGGAAGUGGGAAAAACAGCUCAGACAGCAAGACCAGCUCUCUCCCAAAACCUCACAGAAAGCGGGGCUUCCCUGCAAGGAAGCCGUUUAUAGGUGGGACCAUGGGCAAGGUGAGCACAGAGAGAGGAAUCGCAGGCCCCGGACUCCUCCCUUCUCAGAGAGAGAGGAGCAGCUCCCACUCCGUGACACAGGAAUGAAGCCCAGAGUGAUGAAAGAAGCAGUUUCUACUCCAUCACGAGUGACCCACAGAGAUCAGGAAUGGUAUGAUGCUGAAAUUGCCAGAAAACUUCAAGAAGAAGAAAUUUUGGCUACCCAGGUGGACUUAAGAGCAGCUCAGGUUGCUCAGGAUGAGGAAAUUGCUAGACUUCUAAUGGCUGAAGAAAAGAAAGCUUACAAGAAAGCCAAGGAGCGGGAGAAAUCAUCUUUGGACAAAAGAAAGCAUGACCCUGAGUGGAAGCCCAAAACAGCUAAAUCAGCCCAUUCAAAGUCAAAAGAGAGUGAUGAGCCUCACCGUUCUAAGAAUGACAGACCAGCACGGCCACCACCACCUCCCAUGACAGAUGCUGAGGGUUUGGAUUUCACUCCUUCUGGAAACCAGCAUAAUUCCACACGUCACUACUCAAAGUCAGAGUCUUCUCAUAAAGGUUUCCAUUAUAAACCGUAAAAACCUAGGAAUCUGCCUUGAAAACGGACUCACUGUAGCAAAAUUCCUGGAUGAUACAGAACACAUUCCACGCUUAUUUUUUUCUUCCUCUAUUUUGUAUUCCUGAGAUUUAUCCUCAAGUGUUUUUUGGAACAUGAAUAAUUUUCAUUCAUUUAAAAUAUUUUGGUUAUUCCCGAUCACUUGGGCAGUACAAGAAAAUCUAGCUUCUGAAUAUUGGCCAUCUCUAUGGAGCAUAUGCUUCCAGGGGUAUAGUAUCUAAGAGCUCUAUAAAAUGCCAUUUUCAUUAGGUAUGGAGUAUUGAUAUUUCAUGAAUAGGCUUUACUUAGCAAUUAGGAUUUUGUGGAGGUAAUGAUCAAAGUAAAACAUAAUGUUUGGAUGCAAUGCAGAAUAAAAGAAUAUAAGAAAUAGCUUUUUUGGUGCAUUAGUGUAUGAUAUAUUAAAAGAUAAGAGACUUUUGCUUUUUUUUUUUUUCGCUAUUCAGGGAAAGAAAAAAAUCACAACCAUAAAGUAUUUAAAAAGAAAAAUAAAAAGGAACAGUUGAAUAUGUAACUGACUAUAAAGACUGUAGAGGUUUUAUGUAUCCUUACACACCCUCCUGGGAAAAUUGGCCUAGAUGUCAUUCACUAACACCGUCUCUGCCAUUGCCUCCUCAUUAGCAAGAAUGCUGAAGCCUCUGAGCAUUGAACCAUUUUUUAGUAUUUAUUGGCAAAAAUUUAAUUCUAAGAAGUUUUAACUCAAGUCUGCAAGAUCAAUUAAAGAUGAAAAAUUUUGUAUCCCUUCUCUUAUUUUACAUUUACAUAUAAAGCCAAGGGAAUUAGAAUUGGAAAGAUGUUUAUGUAAGUAAUGAUGCUGUCAUUUUCUCUGGCUGUAAGAUUGAAUUUUUCCUCUUGCAUAUAAAACAUAGCAGCAUUGGUUGGCAACCUCUCAAAAAAAUUUUGUGUAUCUGUCAAUAAGCAGAUUAAUUGGACUUGAACUUGAUAAAGUUCUUCAUCCAAGUAUUCGAUCCUGCACAUAUGUUAGUGACACAUGGGUGCUGGAUUCCUUUGUGCCAGACCUUAAACCCCUCUUCAGGAAAUCUGGAAUUUUGUUAAUCUUCUAGCCUCAUGGAAAUGCUUCUUUUUCUAUACCAGUUAGUUAACAUAAAUAUCAGUCAUGCUGUAUAUUCAGCAUAUUUAUACUUGAGAAAAAAGUUGUUAAUCCACUCCUUUCUGGCUGGGAACUGCCUUCUGUUUGCCUUAUCUUUUGAAAUAGUCUUUCUAGUUGGGCAGUAUUCAUGAAGUUUUUUAGACUAGCUUCUCAGAGGAUUUGGGUUUUUCAUUUUGAGGAAUAGCUUUAGUUUCAUAGUUUUUGGAUUGUAUGAACUUAAGUAAAGGAUACUUAAGGGUUAAGUUUUGAGAAAAUAAUAAUCUAGAAAUAAAAUCCUUAAGGUUAUAGUCAUUUUGGAGAAAUAGGGAAAGGGAAAAGAACAGAACUUUGCAUGUCCAGGAUGAAAUGACUGAGGAAGAAAAAUCUUCAGUUAAAUAGACUGCUACUGCUGCUAAGUCACUUUAGUCGUGUCCGACUCUGUGUGACCCCAUAGACGGCAGCCCAUCAGGCUCCACCAUCCCUGGGAUUCUCCAGGCAAGAACACUGGAGCGGGUGGUUAAAUAGACAAGAGGAGACCAAAUGGAGGUCCUAACCUUAAAUCAAAUUCCAGAAGAUGUUUUCAAUAUCAAAAGGUUAGGCCUUUUGAUUCAUAGUAAUGCUAUAUUUUUCUUUGUCUGCCCUGUGAUUUACUUCAUGUUUUAAAAAGUUUUUUAUGGUAGCUUUAAAGAAAAGAAAAGCAAUGUAUUUUUAUUUGAAAAUCAGGCAAAUGGGCAACAUCAUUUGCCAUAUUUUUAUUUUAUAAAUGUUUAUUUUUCUAUCUCAUACAAUGAUCAGUUCUUUUCAAAUUCUCCAUUUAUCCUUUCAUGUACUACUUCAUGCAAUCAUAUUUAUUACUGUAAAAUGCUAACUGGGUGUAUUUUACUCAAAAAAUAUCAGGUCACUUUACACAUAACCAGGAUGUUAGUGUUUCAGCUCUGUUAGUAAGUGACCAAGGGUAGUAUUUCCCUCGUUACACACAAUUCAACAUCUGUAUGGAAAAUUCGUUAUUUUUUUUAAUGUUUUUAAAAGAUCAGAGUUUUUAAAUAAUUUAAUUUUUUUUUUUGUAAAGCAAACACUUUUUAAGGAGUAUCAGAGUAAUUCUUUUCCUGUGAAUAAGAAGACACAUCAAACAACCAGUUGAAUUCCUCUUAUUCUCAUUCAAAUAGUGUAAUUGUUAAUUAUUGUUAAUUUUGAGACUGUAGAAGCAACUGUGUGUGUCCAUGGAAUUUUCCAGGCAAGAAUACUGAAGUGGGUUGCCAUUUCUUACUCCAGGGGAUCUUUCCAACCCAGGGAUUGAACCUGGGUCUCCUGCAUUGCAGGUGGAUUCUUUACCACUGUGCCACCUGAGAAGCCCCAUUUAGAGGCAACUAGCACUUUAUUUUAAGAAACUGCCAAACAUCUUCACUGUGUUCUCUGCUCUCUACUUGUCAUUUUUAUAUAAAUAUGGAAGCAUUUAUUUCUUUUCCUACUUCUGGAACACACACAGUUUAAUUUUUAGAUCCACAGUGUAUUAUGCUUUAAUGUUGUGAUGUAAAAUAAUCGUUCUGGCCUUGGAAAAUCUUCCUGUUUCCAUACCUCUGUUCUCCCAGGGGCCAGACCCCAUUAACAUCAGCGUUACUGAAUGAGCACAGUGUGUUGUGGAACCUUAUCAUGAGGCUGCUGGACAUGGACACCCCAUCACCCCAACCUAACUUUUUGUAAGUCACCACCUGGAAGCAAGGUUAGAAAAGGAUCAGUUUAAAUGUUCUGAGUUGAAAAAAAAUGUGACUGUAUUGUCAAAUUGUUGUUAGACAUAAUUUUAUUGGGCGACUAGGUGAUUGCUUCACAUGCUUUAAAAUGACAUUGAGGUUUUUAGAAGGGGACUUUGCACACAGUGACUUAAUAUUUAUCAAGUGAAUUUACAAUAACCAGCAGCAGAUGAACUGCAGAAAAGACUUCAUGGGUUUUGACCAUAGGGAAACAUCUGAAGUGGAAAAGAUAGGGAUAGAUGCUCCCAAGAGGAAAAGCUUUCUAGAAUAGCAGUGGCCACUUGCAUCUAGAUCAACAUAUUCCAAAAAGCAAAACCUUGGGCCUUGUGCUCCACUGAACUCACUUGAGAAAAUUAGGAACCAGACCUGUUGUCCCCUUUUCUUUGCGUGGCCUGCAGCAGAACUGGAUGGUGAAUAAAUCCAUUGCUGACUUUGUCCAUACCUUUCGCACAAUGUCGGGACUUUUCAGUAUAAAACUAAUGUUUAUUAGUUUUAUUAAAUAAUUGAUAAUUAUUUUUCUUUAAUGCUGUCAGAUAUUCUCUGAAUUUUGUCUUGUGCCGAAUUGCCCUUUAGAAACCCCUGGUAUAAUAUGGUGCAUUUAGUUUACCACAUGAGUGGUUAACAUUUUAGGGCCUUGAUUUUUAAUGAGUGUUGCCUUUAUAUAAAAAUCAUGUUGGGGGAGAUUAUUCAUUUAUUCAGUGUUGAUUUUCUUGAAAGGUAACUGUGGUGAUUGUAAUGUCCUCAGCCUAAUUAAAGGCACGAGGCUGCCGUGUAAGCAGCUUUCUGAAGAACUGAGAACAAAACAGAACUUGCUCUCAAAGCCUCGUUUCCCUUUGGUUUGCGUUGGGGACUUUAAUGUAGAAACGGAACCUUCAGGUAGAUUUCACUGUUACAUAGUGUGUCAUAUUCUGAUAACAUCAGUUUUUUAGAACCAAACAUACAAGAAUCAAAACCUGCUGUUUGAGCAAAAAGGAAAAAAAAAAAAAAAAACAUUUUUAAUAAUACUUUGUCUACUGCUUACAGCUCAGAGUCAGAGAAGUGAUUAGAAGUGAUCCCAUUUUUCCUUCUAUCCGGUGGUGCCUGUGUCUUAAAGCCAUAACUGCUGGUCUUCCUGAUGAUAGGAUCUUUUUUCUCCCUCAUCUGUUGUAGGUCAGCUGGGCAGGGAGAAGCACACCAGAGACUGUCCUGAUAGUGCUGUGCGGGGCUCAAUGUCACCCAGGGUUCUCCAGGAAGAGUCUCUUUCAUCCCUGGUGGUACAUAAGAUUAUCCAAGGGAAGAGUUGAGGCUGCUGUUGCUCCUGCUGUUUAACUCUCAUUAGAAACGGUAGAUUUAUUUCUAGAGAAGUCAAGAACGGAAGGGUAAAGAAGGAAACCCUCACUUGUAUGAGUCAUUUCUCUUAUGAGACUUACACUUAGGUCAGCAAUGUCUGUGAGGAGCAGUAUUGCCUUAAAUUAGUUUGAUUCUGACCAAGGUCAUGUACUGUAUUUCCCAUAGAGGAGUGACUGUCAACUUUCCAUUGAGGUAUCAAAUUCACAGGUGAGCCCCAAACCUCCUUGUCAUCAGAUGUUUUGGACUUCCUCCCACCGAGCUAUGGGUGAUGUGCACACUGAUAGGCGUGUCAUUUCAUUUCAAAUUGCCUCUCAGUCUGUGAAUGAGCAGUGGCAUGAUCAGGAAGGCUGGUGGUCAGAGAGUGAGAAUUUCCUGAGCAUAUUCUUCAGGUGAUCACUUCCUGAAUAGUUGAGAGUUGACUGUCUUCAUUUCCUAUGGUGUUUGUGUAGACGAUGUUUCCAAGGGUUCUGUUACACAGUGAAGUCAGUUAUUCUGUAAAAAUUUUGCUAACACUCUUAUGUAUUGAAAUGCAUUACAUACGUUAACAAAAAAGGAGAAAAACCAAACAAAACAGAGACAUUUACUCAAAUGGGAGAUUUGUUGAUGUGAAAAGUGUUUCUAUUUUAUUACUUUCAAAAGAAAAUCAGAAAAACUUUUGCUAGGGCAGGGAAGACACCAGAGUGGUUUUUUAGGCUUGCAUUUGAUGCCACAGAGUAAUCCAAUGUCAUCUAAGUAAUCAUGUUGAUUUGUGGAAAUGUCUGGUCCUAAAGAUCACUCUUUCUGCCCUUAAAUAUUUGUGAACACUGCCUAGAAAUAUGUUCCUAAUAGACUUAAAUGUUUUUGUGUAUUCUCUGCAAACUAGAAAAUGUUUCUCUCACUUUUGAGUAAAUGUGCAUAGCCUAAGGAGCCGGCACUGUGCUGAUUUCAGCAUUUCAGUUAAGGACAGAGUUAAUUGUGUAACUUAGUGUCCCAUGACUCAUUGCUGAGGUUCAUGUAGAAAGCGUAGAAGAACUGAAAGACAGGGUCUGAGUGACAUUUCCUUCACAGAAGAGCAAGGAUUAAGGACAGCAAAGAGAAAGUUGAGAGGAUAUACUGUUACACCUCAUAUGCUUGGGAGAAGCUUUUGUGGCCGAGUUUCAGACCAUCAUUGGUAAAAUAGUUUCUAGCUGUUAAAUAUAAUGGGAAGGUUUUUGAUGUUAGAAUUUUUUAAAUUUCUCAUUGAAUUAGCCUCUGGAAUCCUUGUAGGCUAUAACUUGAGGUUUGCCAUCAACUGAAAGCCAAAUGCCAUUUCCCAGCAAUAGCUGUAUUUUCCACCUGCCUCUUGAAAGCAAGGUAGUAUUUGUUCAUGAAGUAUUACGAGAUGAUAGGGUAUAAAAAUGAUAUUCCAAAGUGAGAAUUCUCUGUAAAUGUGGUUGUCCUUAAGAAGAAUCCAUCCCAACACAGUUGUAUCUUGGAAGGUACUGAAUUAUAAAGUACAGGAGUUUUUCGUAGGAAUCAAGUUGCUCAGGAAAUUUGAGGUGUCCUGUCAUUUGUCUCAAAAUUUGGAAAAGUACGCUCUUGAGAGAGAGAGAUUAAUAACUGCACAGUGCCCAAAAGGUUUUGGAUGCUUUGGUAAAAAGCCCUUUGACAUUUGGAAUGUGGAUGUUUAAACAAGUGGGGUGUUAUCCCAAGCACUUAAUCAGUUUGUAGCCACGCCCUAGGGGAAAGGCAGCUUUGACAUAGUUAUCUCACAGAACUGAGCAGAACCUUAAUGGAAUAGAGUUACUGGCCUCAGUUCAGAAAAAGAGGAGGCCACCUCAAAUCACAUGCCUGUCUAGAGAUUAAUGAAACUGAGAGACAUUGUGGAUGCCUUAAAGGUGACUGAUACUGGGUGCUGGCGGGUAUGUGUGCAUCCUUCUGGACGAGGCUUAUGGAAACAGACUAUUUCAAUUCACCUUCGUACAGCACACAUUCCUGCUCAUGACCUCUUUGGAGAAAGUGAGAAGCGUGGUGCUGGAGACGUUCCUGUGUCUUGGGCGGCUGAGGUGGUGAUGACUCUCCAGUACUCAGGCCUCCCUUCAGUGCCACUUGUACAUCUCCAUCUAUUCAUCUAUGCAAGCUUGUGUUUCAGUGCUUCAUUUUUUACACCUUGCAUCCAUUUGAUUCCUUUAACGUCAGGUUUAACAUUGAUAUGAUGAAUAAUUUUUAAACCAAAGUAUUGUCUGUGCUUGUUUUCCUGAAUUGUUGGAGGCAAACACCAACCUUGUCAUUUUCUCUUAAUAAAGUCAUUCAUUUGUUGCAUCAA